AUGAGGUUCGCCACAGCUGUCAUCGCCUUCCUCUCCGCCGGUUUCGCACCGGCCGGUGCCAGUGUCCUGGUUCAGAGAGACCAGUCCGUCAUCGUUAAUGAUGACCUCAAGGUCCCCGGCGACUCGCCUUUGGAGCUCUGCCCCAAGUCCCACGAUGAGGACAUCGUCACAAUCGACAGCGUAGACCUCUCUCCCAACCCUCCUCAGGCUGGCAAGGAGCUCGUCAUCAAGGCUUCCGGCACCGUCAAGCAGAACAUUGAGAAGGGCGCAUACGUCCUCCUCCAGGUCAAGUACGGCCUCAUUCGCCUUAUCAGCACCAAGGCGGACCUGUGUGAGCAGAUCGAGAACGUUGACCUCGAGUGCCCCAUCGAGAAGGGUGUUCUCACCGUCACUAAGUCCGUCGAGCUUCCUAACGAGAUCCCCUCCGGCAAGUACACUGUCUUUGCUGACGUUUACACCGCCGAUGACGUCCCCAUCACUUGCUUGACCGCUCAAGUCGUUUUCUCGCGCAACACCAAGAGCUUCUUCAGCUUGGAGCUUUAA